UGCUCGCAGAGGGGAGGGACGGGGCUCCCGGGGCCCCGGUGCGGGCAGCGGCGAGGGGGCCGAAGCCCUGCAGGGCACGGACGGAAGAAAUGGACGAUGUCGGUGGCUUGCGUCUAGGGGUUAGGGGGAGAGAGGGCGCAGGGUGUGUGGGUGCACAGAAGCGGGCAGUUGAGGCGUCCCAGGGAUGUGUGCGUGAAACCCGGACGGCGGGUCCGCUUGGCGCGGGGGAGGCUGAGACCUGGCGGUGCUAAGCGUAUGGUCGGAAAAGACGAGCCCAGGCCGAAAACUAGCCUGGGGGCGUAUCCAGGGACCGGUCUCAGCGAGGCCACGCUGUGCGCGAAGACCGGGAGGCCUUCCAGGGUCGAGGCUGCUAGGCCGGCCCGGGGCCUGGGAAGACCCGUUAGGAACGAGUUAGGAAACAGACUUGUAAUCUGACAGGCUGCGGCGGAGUUGGGCGAAGGAAAAGUGGCAGGAAAGCACCGUCUGGCCUGGUCUGGGAGCCGCAGGAGAGAGGCGGGCGGGGGCGGCCGGCGGGGGCAGGCGGGCAGGGGUAUGCCCGGCUCUCAUGGGGCUGUCCUGGGACCCGCUUGCUGGAACCAGAGCCUGGAGUCAGUUCCUUUUUUGCAGGAGAGCUGACACCCCAGAUGCUGCUGCUGCCGCCUCGGCCACCCCACCCUCGGUCCUCCUCCCCAGAGGCCAUGGACCCGCCGCCCCCCAAGACUCCCCCUUUCCCCAAGACGGAAGGCCCUUCCUCCACUCCAUCCUCCGCGGCAGGGCCCCGACCCCCGCGGCUGGGCCGCCACCUGCUCAUCGACGCCAACGGGGUCCCCUACACAUACACGGUGCAGCUGGAGGAGGAGCCUCGGGGCCCGCCCCAGCGCGAGGCCGCGCCGGGAGAAGCGGGGCCGCGCAAGGGCUACAGCUGCCCGGAGUGCGCUCGUGUCUUUGCCAGCCCCCUGCGGCUGCAGAGCCACCGCGUGUCGCACUCGGACCUCAAGCCCUUCACGUGCGGCGCCUGCGGCAAGGCCUUCAAGCGCUCCAGCCACCUGUCGCGGCACCGCGCCACGCACCGCGCCCGUGCAGGCCCGCCGCACACCUGCCCGCUCUGCCCACGCCGCUUCCAGGACGCCGCGGAGCUGGCGCAGCACGUCCGCCUCCACUGAGUUCCCGACCGGCGGGGCCUCGCGAGCCACACAGCCGCGCUGCCACACGCGCGCCCUGCCUUACCCAGGGCCCGUCUCCCCGUCUGCCCAGAGGGAGAGACCCCCUUCCUUCCUUACCUUCCUGUCUCGCUGUGUGAUGCCGGCCCCGUCGCUGCCCCUCCCUGGGCCGGGGAACCAGUCUCGGAACUGGGCCCCGGCCGGGCCGGGCCGCGCGAGCCCUCGCAGGCGCACAGCGUCUCGGGGCCCGGCUCUCCUGCUCCCGAGGGCUCAGCCGUCGUGUGCGCGGAAGAGCUGACCCAAGAGCACGGCACGAUUUUACGAGCACUGGCUCGUUCCUGUAUCUCCCCCUUUCCACCCGCAACCCUCGCCCCAUAUUCAAUAAACAUUCCACACUCCGC